GUCGCCGUGGUGGCUCCCAUUCGAAGGCGACGGCGGUCGUCUAUAUUUCGGUUGUAAUCUCUCCAGAAAAAAAAGCGAAAUAACUCCGAGCAGACAGCGAAUUUUACAGACUUUAACGUUGAGAUUUUUUCCAAAUUCUUCUCGGUCGAGCUUGUGGCAGCCGGGCUCUGGAAUGACGGGGUGUGCCGAGAAUUUGAAUUAGCUCGCCGUUAGUUUGAAGAAAGAGUGAGUCGGGGUAGAGAGAGGAGCCAUUUUGUCCCGACUGUGUGGGAGAAAAGAAAGAGUGGAAAAGAGGAAUCACACGGGAGGAGAUCCUUAUUUUUGCUUUCUGUUCUCAUGCUGUAAAGGGGGAACGCAGUUGGGCUUGGGAAAUAUAACUUCUCCACGGGCACGUUAUUUGGGUGGUAUUUAGCCAACUAGUUAGCUUGCCAAGCUAAUCAACAAAUCCCAGAUUGUUAAACGUUAACAGUCAAGCAGAAGCGGGGCAGUUGGACGGGUUGGAGCUGGCAUUAGACUUCACAUAGGCGUGCUAGGUUAUCAGUUUUUUUUGUUUCUUGUCUGGGUUGAUACAAGCUGUUUUUCAAUGGCGAAGAAGACGUACGACUUGCUGUUCAAGCUGCUUCUGAUCGGAGACUCGGGCGUGGGGAAGACCUGUGUGCUGUUCCGCUUCUCUGACGACGCCUUCAACACAACCUUCAUCUCCACCAUAGGAAUAGACUUCAAGAUCAAAACUGUUGAAUUACAAGGAAAGAAGAUCAAACUACAGAUCUGGGACACAGCGGGCCAGGAACGGUUCCACACCAUCACCACCUCCUACUACAGAGGAGCCAUGGGCAUCAUGCUGGUCUAUGACAUCACCAAUGCCAAGAGCUUUGAAAACAUCAGCAAAUGGCUGCGCAACAUUGAUGAGCAUGCAAAUGAGGAUGUUGAGAGGAUGCUGCUAGGCAACAAGUGUGACAUGGAGGACAAGAGGGUCGUACCAAAAGCCAAGGGGGAGCAGAUUGCGAGGGAGCACGGCAUUAGGUUUUUUGAGACGAGUGCUAAGGCCAACAUCAACAUCGAGAAGGCUUUCCUCACGUUAGCAGAAGAUAUCCUCAGAAAGACGCCUGUAAAAGAGCCCAACAGUGAAAACGUCGACAUCAGCAGUGGAGGUGGAGUCACAGGCUGGAAGAGCAAGUGCUGCAGUUGAACAACUCCUCAGUCUCACUCACACUAACGCACACAAACACACACACAGACAAACAAACACAUGUUCUCUCUCUCUGUCUCUCUAACUGCUAACUCUAACUCUGUCUCUGCUCUCUAACCUGUCUCAUGAGUUUUCUUGCACACUGACACUCUCUGUCUGUCUCUUUAUCAGAAUAAAACAAUAAACCACUUCACUCAUCUAAUCCCCCCUCCUCCCUCCACCCUCCACCGUACUCUUCCACUCUCCAUCUGAUGAUCAUUUUUAUUUCUGAUAAAAAGAGAAAUCCAGUCACGUUUCUUGUCAUUUGUUUUAAAAGUUGUUUAAAAAAAAAACAGGAAAAAAGUGUGGAAAAGACAAGCUCAUAUUUUUAAUAAUUCCUUUGCCUGAGCUCACCUGGUUGGACACCCUCACCCACCCUUAACCCCACCCCCCUUACCCACAGCACUCACUUUCAGUCAGAGAAAAUCAAAAUAAAAUCAAACAAAAAAAAAAAAAAAAAGAAGAAGACAAAUGUAGGAUUAACAUUUUGUACACUUAGUGGGGUUUCUGUUGUCUAACCGUAUUUGGUCAUUUACAAUUUGUUACCAAGUGACAGAGGCGUGGCUAGCUCCUUUUGUAUGUGGGGGUUUAUUUUGUCCUGUGCCUUAUAUGGAAGACAGGGGCGGGGCUGUGUGGUGGGCGGAGCCACAUCCACCCAAUGAAAUUACAGUUUAAUAUUCUGUCGGUUCAGGCUCUUGCACGAGGACGCCGAACUGAAGCAGAUGUGUUUGAAUUUCUCCUCCAGCCAAGAGAACGGCAUUAUACAGUAUGUCCUGUUUAUUGAUGUUUUAUUUUUAUCUGUAUGAUUUAUUUUACUUUUAUUUCUUUUUCCCUAUUUGGGUUGAAUUUUUUUUUUUUUUUUUUCCUGCAUGCAGAUUUCUUUGGGUUGGAAACGUUUCUGUAACGUUGUGUAACGUUUGCCACUGGGUAACUGUGGGCGGGAGGUACCGAAGUUCUCUUUGGAAAUUCAAACAGUUUUGCAGAUCCAUUAAAAAUAAGCUUGUUUAAGUUAA